UCCAAAAAUAUUUCGAAGAAAUUUCUUAUCCCUGAAUAACUGAAAUUUAAAGGUUUGAAAUUUUACUCCUCAUUUUUUUAAAUGGUUCUGGUAGCAUAAUUUAUAAUAUUUAUCUUUACAAUUAUAAAUAAUAUUUAUUUUCAUAUUAUAAAAACCGAUGUUUCAUAAAUGAUUUAAUGGAAUUUUUCAGAAAAAUUAUGAUUGACUUUUCGACAAAUGAGGCCAUUGAUGCCAUAGAAUUUUGGGAUAAAGCAGUAGAAAUAGUUCGUUUCGUGGAAACCGUUCUUCCACGAAGAAUGACGGGAAAAAUGGAGUUGCUUAAGUUUUUCUUAAGCAACGACAACGGAAGAAAAAUUCAAUGCGUAAUAUGGGGCACUGAAGACAUAAACUCAUUGUCAAAAUAUAUUACGUUAAAUAAGAUUUUACAUAUUGAUGGUGGCUGUGCCCGUGUGCCAACAAAACAGGAAUUUAAUAAAGGCAAUGUAAGCUUUGAAUUACAAUUUUUUUCUUCCUCAGUAAUAACAGAAGUAGGUACACAUCUUAAUGAGGAUAACGACCCUGACCAAAUUUUGGAAGUUGGCAUAGAUGAUAUUAUACAUCAUGAAAAUGAAAUGAUCAAACUCUUUGCAUAUGUGAAAUGCAACUUUGUAUUUCAAGCAGUAGGAAUAAAUCGCAAUAUUGGAACUUACGGCUGUGGAUCGGUGACAAAUGGAAUCCACAAAUUAGAAGUCCGAAUAGCUUCAUUUAACAACACACUCACAUGCAAAAAAUGUGAUGCAAUUUACAUAACUGGAAAAGUUCGGUCACAAGGGUCUAGAUUCUUUUUACAAUUACAAUCGGAGACAGAUAUUGAAGUUGUAGAUGUUGAUCCACUUCCGCUACAGCAAAUAGUAACAGCAGUCCGUGAGCUGAAACAGACAAACGAUGGACAAAUGGGCAAGGAGGAUGUUGACUAAUUAAUAGUAUUAAUAAUCAAAAGUUUAACAAUUAUUA